UUUCACGUUUUCGGCGCGCUUUUGACACCAGACCUCACUGUGAAACAAGAGAACCGGGUGGGAGGAAGGGAAGCGGCUGUUCAGUAACCUGGGCUGGUACCCCUGGCUACUAUCGCGAUUAGCAACCGUUGCCUCUGACAGUUCCCGAAGGAAGUACACAGUUAAUGUUUGCUUGCAACUGGCGAGCCCCAUCUUUGAAAUAAAACCAGAGGUGUGGAGUAAUGAGAGCGGAGGAGUGAAGGAGGUAGGCGUCCCAGUAGAACAUUGGCAGCAAGGAUGCUGGAGGCGGAUGCAGACCCAGCAGGUCAAGCAGUGGAGGGAGAAGGGGAGGCAGAUAUGGGGAGCCUAGACUUGAAGGCUGAGGUGGUACGGCUGACUCUGGAGCUGCAGGAGGCCACAGAGGAGAAGCUACAGGCAGCCCGCUAUGGCCUGGUGGUGCUGGAUGAAAGUGCUGCUCUCAAGAUGAAACACAGGCAGCUGGAAGAGGAGCAUGAAGCCCUCAAAGGGGAGCUACAGCAGCUCAAAGAGGCAUUUGCAGAUUCUGUGAGUAGCCAGAAGCGUGCAGCUGCUGAUGGAGAGUGCAGGGAGGAGAACUUGCUGCAGGAGACUGCCACUAAGGAGGCUGCCAUGGCAACCCGCAUAGAGGAAGUCCAGGCAGAGCUCAAGCAAGCACGCCUUGCUCUGGGAAAUGCCCACGCAGAGAUCGAUAGACUAGGGGUGUUCUCCACCCAGCUAAAGAAGGAGUGUGAGUGUCUGGAGGCAGAAAAGGGCCAUCUGAGGGACGAGAUGAAGGAAUAUAAAGUACGUGAGCUGCGCCAGUUGCAGGACAAUAGCGAGCUAGAAGAUGAGAACAUAUCUCUGCAAAAACAGGUGUCUGUGCUCAAGGAAAACCAGGUUGAGUUUGAAUCGAUAAAGCUGGAACUGACCCAGAAGAACGAGGAGCAGGAGGAGCAGCGAGCUCAGCUGGAGGAGGCAGUGAGGCUGAGGGAGAUAGCAGAGAGGCAGCUGGAUGAGGCCCUGGAAGCCCUGAAGGAGGAGAGGGAGCAGAAGAACAGUCUGCGGCGAGAACUCUCUGCCCUGACCCUUAACCCCUUUGAUUCUGUGGGGAACCUGGAGCUCCACUUGGAGCAGUUGGAUGACAGCCAGGAGGAGGGUCAGGGGGUAGAGGGAGAAGGUGAGGGAGAGGACCAGGACAGUGGCUUUAAUAAUGGUCCUGGGUCUGCUCCCAGUUCUGCUCACCCUCCUCACUUGGGGGGCUCCAAAAGUAAUGGCCUCAUCCAACGCUACUCCACUCCACGCAACAGUGAUGUAUUCCUGCGUGCUCCAGCCUCUGGUCUGGUGUCGGACCUGCUGAGUGAGCUACACUUUUCAGACAGUCAGAAACUAAAACAACAACUCCUACAGGCAGAACGAGAGAAGUCCAGUCUGGUUAGCAAGGUGGAGGAACUGCAGAUGCAGUUGGUAAUGUCCAAACAGGCACUCAGUCAGCAAGAGGACAAGGUUGGAUCUCUUACCCAACAGCUGGAAGCUGUGCAAAGCAGCCAGCAGUACAACCAGGAGGCAGACGACAGGGGAGAUGUUAAGACAGAGAAUGGAGACGGAGACAAUGCAGUCUUUGACUAUGAGGUAGACACCAAGAGCAAGGAGGUGCUGGAGGCGCGUAUGCGUUCAGCCAGUGAAGAGCUUCUGAAGCUGCGAGAUGAACUGUCUCAGGCAGGAGCUCGUUAUAACACCCUGGAGCAGCGAUACAAGCAGGAGAAGGAUCGUUGGAGGGCAGAGGCCCAGGAGCUGGCUGACAAGAUCCGUCAAUGCAUCAAGUCCAGCAAGCAGGACCAGGAGCGCAUCAGUGAGCUGGAGAAUGAGAUUGGAGCCACACGGAAAGUGGCAAUUGAUUCAGAAGGGCACUUGAGCGUUGCCCAGGAAGAGCUACUGGCCUUCUCUGAGGAGCUGUCCAACCUCUAUCACCACAUCUGCGUCUGCAACAACCUGACACCCAAACGAGUCACCCUGGACUAUUACCGUGAUGGUGCCAGGGCAAGUGGUGGAGGAGGUAGUGCACGAAGAUCACACUACGUCUACCCCCAGCACAACUCCCAGAAGAAGCCACGAGCCAAUGACAUGUUCAUCUCCAAAGCUGCAGCAUUGCAGUUUAUGGGGGAGGUGGACAGUGCAGGAGUCAGCGGAGACUCUCCCAACUGCCCUGGAUCCCCCACCCUGGAUUUCAGGGACCCUUCCAACGUCCGCAACUUGGUAGCAGUCAUCCGUUGCCAGAUCAAACACCUCCGGGUGGCAGUGGACCUAUGUCGUCAGAGGGGCGCGAUGCCUUACUCAGGAUUGAGCAGCAGCGGAGAGUCAGAGCGGGAUGCUGAAAGCCUCUUGGAAGAAGUACUAAAACUCAAGUCCCUUCUCAGCACCAAGAGAGAACAGAUUGCUACCCUCAGGACUGUCCUCAAGGCUAACAAACAGACUGCAGAGUUAGCGCUGUCCAAUUUGAAAACCAAGUAUGAGACAGAGAAGAGCAUGGUGUCAGAGACCAUGAUGAAACUGCGGAAUGAACUCAAAGCCUUGAAGGAGGACGCCGCCACCUUCUCUUCACUCCGAGUCAUGUUUGCCAGUCGGUGUGACCAGUAUGUCACCCAGUUGGAUGAGAUGCAGAGGCAGCUGGCAGCAGCCGAGGAUGAGAAGAAGACACUGAAUUCUCUGCUGCGUAUGGCCAUACAGCAGAAACUGGCUCUUACUCAACGUUUGGAGGACCUGGAGGCCCCUCUGUCUCCCCACAGCUUGAACAGCAGCCCCCGCCGCUCCCGGGCCAAAGAGCUGGCCACCAAGUCAGGCCGGGCUCCACGGAGCCCCCGAAGCAGUCCUGCACGCCCCCCACUGAGAAGCAGUCCACGGGCUAGCCCAGUUCUCGGCAGCAGUGUUCCUGCCAUGGCCACGCACCACCUGCGAAGUCUAACCCGAAGCCUCCACACGAGCCCUCGCUGACACACUCCUUCCAUUAUUCCAAACCCCCUCUUCUUCAUAAGGACCUGUCUUCAUGUUGACUCCCAGGCUCCCUUCUCCUUUCCUGACUCAAGACAUCCUGUCCAUCCCAGAUAUGACGUGACAUUCCACACUCUACCCUCCAGAGCCAUGGAUUUAAAAAAGUAAAUUUAAAAAAAAAAAUGUAAAAAAGAAAACCUCUCAUCCCACCCUCUUGGUUUUUUUUCUUCUUGGGACGGAGAAACCUGCAUGCAGCCUGGAAAAGGCUGAAGAGACAUGAUGCUCAUUCCUCUGUGAAGUCAUUGAUUGUGUCUUGUCCCAAGUGGAUCCAACUUCCAUCUGGUCUUGUUCAAGGCUGUGUGUUGUGGUGAACCAUUGACAGUAUUUAUUCCAGAACAAGAGAUUUUUCAUGUAAAGUAUUUACUGUCCUCAAAUUUUGAAUCAAGGCUGUGAUUUGUUUUAAGGCUGUAUGUCUUUACACUCUUGCCUUUUGUCUGGCAUCCUGGUCAGGCCUGUCUGGCGUCUUUUAGUGUCGGUAAGCCAUUAGAUCAUCUGUGAUAGCUCUCCCAGGUAGUUGUUUUUAUUGAACAAUACAGCCUUACUAACAGAAUUGCUAUCCUACAAGUAGAGAGCUUGCUAUUAUCGUGAGGUCCCUCUCUUUUACUGGUGGUACAGUUCCCUGCCCUUUUUAAUCCUGCGAUAUGUCUGGCUCUUUGGCUUUUGCCUAUCAGCCACACCCUUUAACUAGAGGUCAGUUAACAUGCCAUGUCAUUGAUGGAAAUAAAUCAGCCAUAAGUUCACCACCUCAGGUCAAACACAGAGUAAUCAGAAACAUUAUUUGGGAGAUCUUUAAUGUGCAUCUUACUUUGCAAACUAUGCAGACUAAGUCAGGACAGUGCCUGUAAAUUUCCUGCUGUUCUUUAGGAUCAGGGUGUGUUUUGAAAUGUACCUUCACUUUCAGUUAACAGUAGCUGGCUGCAGCUGUUUUGCAACAGCCAUUUAAUAUCUCUCACAAUAGGCAGCUUUUGGAAGUAAUCUGGGGGUGCUAAGUGGCAUAAGUGCAAGCAACCCAUUGGCUAAGUAUGUACUUUCCUGCUUGUUGGGCUGUGGGUUUUAAAAGUCACUGUCUCGCAUCACUCAAGAAUUGAAGUGGCUUGGUUUACCUAAUAGUAACAUGUUGGUCCACGCUCGUUUCUCUUGAUUACAUAGUCAUAACAGUUCCCAUUCAGCUUCUGCUUUUUCUCACUCCUUUGAACAGCUAAGUAACAAUAUUCAUGUUUUGUAUUUAAUCAUUUAAUGUCACCAUGCUUUUGUGUGCUACCAAAGUACGCAUGUUGUAAUAAACUAGUAUUACCCACAGCAGGCUAGUUUUCUUCUCCUGUGGCUAUAGCACUCAUUGUUUUCAGUUAGGAAUGCUAAUAGUGCUAGCAGGCUGCUGGUAGAGUUGCUGCUUGUAGACAAACAAAAUAAAAAAUGUUGUCCCAUAAUUUUAAAAGCAUUACACAGUGCUUUACAUCUAGUAGCACAUUAUGACUUAAAACAAAGAAUAAAUUAAUUUUAGAAAACAAAAUAUUUCGAAGCGAGACGUAACUCCAACAUGACAUUGCUUUGCUAGUUGGAGCUCCAUAAGCAGGGAGCCUGGAUUUAAAAAAAAAAAAAGACAAAGAAGAAAAAAAAACAUGUACAUGUAUCUGUUGCUUAUAGAGUAGUUUGAUGCCAGGGCUGUGAUUUGAGCACAGCAGCACGUUAUCAUUGGCACUGUAACACCUGUCUCAUUGAAUGCAGUUUAAAUUCAAAUUGAAUUGAACAGAUGAGACCAAUCAUGAAUUUUGAGGCCAGAUUUGGAAACGGCUCUUUGAAAAAUGAGAACCGAAUGCAAGGAAAUGUUGACAUCUUUUUUUCUUUUUUUUUUUUAUAAAAAGCUCAACUGUCCUGUGGUUUAGUAGAAGAAGCCUACAUCCUGCUGAUGGUUUUAUUUUUUUAGUGCCUUGGUUUUGAUCUUGUCUGUUGUUUUUAGACUACACCACAUUUUCUAAGUAGAGGCUACUAUUCAACACUGUAGUUGUGAUGUUUUUUGAAGGUAUGUUUUACUUUUGAGAAAACCUAUUAAGCAGUGUUAGCACUGAACUAAGUGAUACCUCAUUAUGGUAAAUUAUUUUCACUUUUUAGGUAGCAUGCCUUGUAUGAACUCAUCAGUAUGAACUAAUGAAUAGUUUGACAUUAGCUUCCCCUGAAAUUAAUGGUCACCAUCUGCUGUAUAUUUAUUUUAGAGAAGUGUUACUGUGAGAAAUGUUACUGUAUUAAGAUUAUGAACACAGAAAAUGAAUAACAUAAUACAUUAAAAACAUUAUAGAUUGAAUGUUACGAUGAGGUUUUGAAAGUGGUAAUACGAGUUUUUGGACUGGACUGUUAUUGGUUGACUAUUCAUGAACUCCUGCUAAAAAGUGAAAAUGCUUUAACAUUAUGUCAUAUUGCUUUGAAGGUUGUAAAUGGAUUUCUUAAUCUAUUUAAUUCACUGUGAAGAUGUGUGUUUAAUUUAAUUACCAUUGUUGUAUAAUAUUUUAACUGUAUUUAUGUGGUGUGCAUUCUGUGUAAAUUGUUCUAAGGAUGACUUGCACACACUCCGCAUAACACAUUUGAUGGUCCUCAACUUUUUAUGUGUAUGCAAGUUCCUUUCAUUGACCUGUGAAUCACAUUUGUCAUGAAGAAUAAAAGCAAGCCAACACUGCA